UCGCGCCACAACCCUACAGGCAGCAACUCCGUGUUCGUAUUCAGCAGUGGAGACGCGUUGGCACAGCGACUCUCGCUCCAACACGCUACUAGAGAUACACAUCCUAAGUGACAGUGACUUGUGUGAGUGUCAGUCAGUGGUGACUUGAACUUCAGAACUCGAGGUCCAGCAAAGACUCUCGACUACUACAAGUUGGUGAAGCUGCAAGUGUGUGUGCAGCAAAACUUAUUCCGUGUUGAAACUCAAAAACACUGUGAAAAUGAGAACGGAGGAGAAACCCAACGGCUCCACCCUCCACGUGACGGUGAUGGGCAGCAGCCAGGUGGGCAAGUCAGCCCUGGCUGUGCGUUACCUCACUAAGCGCUUCAUCGGAGAGUACAGAUCAGACUCAGACAUGCUGUACAAAUGUGUACUGCAGCUGGACGGCAUCCCACAGCCGGUGGAGAUCAUGGACACUUCUGCUAGUUGUGAGGAGUCCUCUGAUGCUCACCUACAGUGGGCGGAUGCCUUCGUGGUGGUGUACUCCAUCACAGACAAAGACUCUUUCCAGUGGGCAGCCUCUACCAUCCAGGAAUUGCAAGAAAGGCGGCCGUCAGCCCGAGUGUUGUUGUUGGGCAACAAGAGUGACCUGGGACAUCUCCGGGAAGUAGAAGAGGUGGAGGCCAGCACUCUAGCACUUAGAUAUUCAACGCAUUUCUCUGAGCUAUCCACGGCGGAGAGCUGUGAAGCAGUCACUGAUGCCCUUGAUGCUUAUCUUAAAGAAAUCAAGAUCCAGAGACACCACAGUGGCUUGAGUAGCGGCAACGUCUCUCCAAAGCAAAGAAAGCUGUCCGUCACCCGGAUGCUUGGCUCCCUCAUCGGCAGGCACUCGCCCCCACCACAGCCGAUCACCGAGCUCAUCGUGCUGGACAAGGAGGAACGCAGCAAGCUGGUCAGAUGCAGUCGGCAGAUAUGAACCCCGCUCAGCCAGCAGCCAGCUCGCGGCUCCUCAAUGCGGGCAACUCUCAGAGACGCAACCCAAAGAUAUCUAGUGAUGCCCUCGUAGCGCGCCCUCCGUGCUGAGGCGCAGCAGCAAUGCCAAAUAUUUAGUGUUUAAUGUUAUCUAUAGUGUUCUCGUUGUGAUAACUUCCUCAUACUCAUACUCCGAGGAUGGAUAUAAAUAUAAGCAUGAAGGCAGUGACAAGUCAAGAGUCACUGUGUUUUCUAUGAGCCAAGGUGGAGGAAGCUACCGUCAGCGGCAGAACAAGACAAGCUAAGUGGCGCAAGGAAUGUGCCACUCCAAACACUUUUAACUGGAGGUGAUAACGUUUCAAGUGGUAGAGACGGUUGGUGUUGCCAGGAGGAUGCCGAGUCCCGGAUCCUGGCCAGGCGAUACCCGAGGCGCGGCCCAACACAGGCGCUCUCCUUUGAAGACAUGCCAAGCCAGGAGUGUUUGUCAACGGGAAAGGAAGAACACCGCACGGGCACUUUCUCCUCACCUCGCACGGCUCAAGACGCCAGCAAGGGGGUCAUGGCGCCGCAUACUAAGAGGGGCGUCGCCGUGGAGUGCCUCCGAGACCCACGUGGGCGUAAGGGUCUGAGUCAUCUCCUUAUCCAUGCGGCGAGACACGAGACCCUCCUACACCUGUGGAGGCGGCGCCAGGGAGCAAGAACAAUAAUCUCGAAGCCGGGUCAUGGAGGCUUGCUUCCCUUGCAGCCUCCACAUACGCUCGCCCAGCCCGCAUCUCUCAUCUCGUCUGUGAUAUUAGUCUUAGCUUGUCCACCAUAUGUAUUUUUUUUAUGAUUUAUUUAAUUCAAUAUAAAAACAAAACUCUAA